AUGGCGAGUACCACACCCUCUGCUGACUCAGCUUCAGCCGAUGAACUCACUGCAAAAUCCGCGCACAAGCGCUACCAAGGAUUGGUGACGGUUCGAACCAAAGCUAUAAAGGGCAAAGGGGCAUGGUAUUGGACGCACCUGGAACCCAUGCUGCUGCACAACACCGAAACGGGGCUUCCCAAAGCCGUCAAACUCAGGUGCUCCCUAUGCGAUGCCGUUUUCUCUGCUUCGAAUCCCUCUCGCACCGCCUCUGAGCAUCUAAAGCGCGGAACUUGCCCCAAUUUCAAUUCCGCCGCCAAACCAAUCUCCUCCAUUUUCCCCUCCGCCGCCGCCAUGGCUGUCUCUCCACCAUCUUCUCCGACCAACCACAACCACCGCAAGAGAACUUCCUCUUCCGUCCCCGUUUCUUCCUACGACCCGCCGCCGCUGGCGUUGGUGGAUCCGUCUCGAUUCCUCGGAGAGCUGACAUACGCGCCGCCGCAACAACCGCAUUUGAUGCUGUCGGGAGGGAAGGAGGAUUUGGGCGCUUUAGCUAUGUUGGAAGACAGUGUGAAGAAGUUAAAGAGUCCCAAAACUUCACCUGGUCCAACUCUCACCAAAACUCAAGUCGAUAGCGCCUUUGAUUAUCUCGCUGAUUGGGUGUACGAGUCUUGUGGUUCUGUCUCUUUCUCCGCUCUGGAGCAUCCUAAGUUCAGAGCGUUUCUUAACCAGGUUGGGUUACCUUCAGUGUCUAUGAGAGAGUUCACUGGAAGUAGAUUGGAUGCGAAGUUUGAAAAAGCUAAAGCAGACUCGGAAGCGCGAAUCAGAGACGCUUUGUUCUUUCAAGUAUCCUCGGAGGGGUGGAAAUGGAAGGGGAUGAAGUACUACGAAGAGAAGUUGGUUAACAUGAGCGUGAAUCUCCCCAAUGGGACAAGUUUGCACAGAAGGACGGUGUUUGUUACCGGUUCUACGCCUUCCAAUUAUGCGGAAGAAGUUAUGUGGGAGACAGUCACCGGCAUUUGUGGGAAUGUAGUGCAACAAUGUGUUGGCGUUGUUGCAGACAAGUUUAAGAAUAAGGCGUUGAGAAACUUGGAGAAUCGAAACCCUUGGAUGGUUAACCUAUCUUGUCAGUACCAAGGGUUCAAUAGUUUGAUCAAGGAUUUCAACAAGGAGCUCUUGCUCUUUAGCACCGUAACGCAGAACUGUCUCAAGCUCGCGAGUUUCGUUAACUACGAAACUCAAGUAAGGAAUAGUUUUCACAAGUACCAACAGCAGGAGUACGGACACGCGUGGUUGCUCCGAAUGCCGUUGCCCUCGCGCGAGUUCGAGUCUUUUGACACUGUGUACGCAAUGAUGGAGGACUUGUUAGGUUCAGUUCGGGCGUUGCAGCUGAUGAUCUUGGACGAGUCUUUGAAAAUGGCGUUCGUUGAAGAUCCGAAUGCUAGGGAAGUCGGGGACAUGAUUCGAGACGUGGGGUUUUGGAAUGAUUUGGAGGCGGUUCAUUCCUUGGUUAAAUUGGUGAAGGAGAUGGUUCAGGAGAUUGAGACAGAGAGGCCUCUUGUAGGACAAUGUCUUCCACUUUGGGGUGAGUUCAGGGCACGAGUGAAGAAUUGGUGCUCCAAAUUCCACGUUGCGGAAGGAGCAGUGGAGAAAAUCAUUGAAAAACGGUUCAUGAAAAACUACCACCCUGCUUGGGCUGCAGCAUACAUUCUUGACCCACUUUAUUUGGUUAGGGACACGAGCGGAAAUUACCUUCCACCGUUUAAAUACUUGACGCCGGGGCAAGAGAAGGACGUAGAUAAACUCGUAACCAGGCUCGUUUCAAGGGAGGAGGCUCAUAUUGUUCUAAUGGAGCUCAUGAAAUGGAGAACGCAAGGACUAGAUGCUGUGUAUGCUCGUGCUGUGCAGAUGAAGGAGAGAGAUCAUGUUACUGGGAAAAUGAGGAUUGUGAAUCCCCAAAGCAGUAGACUUGUGUGGGAAACUUAUCUCACUGAGUUUAAGUCCUUGGGAAGAGUUGCGGUGAGGUUGAUUUUCCUUCACGCAACUUCGCGUGGCUUCAAAUGCAAUUGGUCUUCGUGGAGAUGGGUGUGUGCGCAAGGACACUCCAGGGAAGCACUGGAUAGGGCUCGCAAGUUGAUUUUUAUUGCAGCUCAUUCCAAAUUGGAAAGAAAGGAUUUUUCAGGUGAUGAAGAGAAGGAUGCAGAGCUGUUCAGCAUGGCAAAUGGUGAGGACGAUGUGUUAAACGAGGUUUUUGUUGACACAUCCUCAGCGUGA